AUGGCGCCAACGACGCACUUCACGCCGUCGCAGGCGCACGCGGCGGCCGCCUCCCACCACCCUGCCGCGGCGGCGGCGGCGGCCCCCGCCACGGCCACGGCCCGGCUGCAUGCGUCGGCGUCCGCGUCGGCUCCUGCCGCGGCGGCGGCGCUUUGCCCGCCCUUCCUCGCGGCGGGGUCCCACUCCGUGGCCUGCCCGCCCGUCCAGAACCCGAUAUUUAGUGGCCCGGCCGCGCCAUGGGCGGUGCAGCCCCAGCGCGCCGCUGUAGGGGCGCUUGGCCCUGAGUUCAGGCGGGCGCGCUCCACGAAGAACAUCUCCAAGCGCAACAACCGUGGGGCGGGUGGCCAGGACCGCGGCGGGCGCACGUCCUCAGCUGCUGCUGGGCGCUGUGUUGACAAGCUGCUCCGUGUUGCCCCUGAUGACCGGCGCGCGCUCGGCGCAUCGCUUUCCUCUUUCCGGGGAGAGCUGCUUGGUCCUGAUGAUUACUGCCAUGUCCUUCGGGAGCUCGGCGACAGGGACAAAUCUGCAGUCCGUGCGCUUGAGGUGUUCCACGCUGCAUUGCCCCUUGUUGGCAAUGGCUCCGUCGAUAAAGGCAAGCUUUUGACUGCCGCAAUCGGUGCACUCGGCAAGAUGGGGCGACCAGACCUUGCAAGAAGAGGUUUUGAUGCUGGCAUUGCAGGGGGUUAUGGCAAAACGGUGUUUGCAUACUCAGCGCUCAUAUCAGCAUAUGCGAGGAGUGGUCUUGCGACCGAGGCCAUGGGGGUGCUUGAGUCGAUGAAGGGUGCAGGCUUGCGGCCUACCACAGUUACGUACAAUGCGGUGAUUGAUGCAUGUGGGAAAGGGGGUGUUGACCUCAGGUUCACGCUCGGAUAUUUUCGUCAGAUGCUACGGGAUGGGCUCUGUCCCGACCGGAAGACUUUCAAUUCACUUCUUUCUGCGUGCAGCCGCGCAGGGCACUUGGUGGAUGCCCGUGCUGUCUUUGAUGAAAUGACCCAUCUUGGCAUUGGGCGUGACAUUUACACAUACAACACAUUUAUCGAUGCAAUUUGCAAGUGUGGCAACAUAGAGCUUGCUAUGCAGGUUCUGCUGGAUAUGGAAGCGAAAAAGCUGAAGCCAAAUGUUGUUACAUACAGUACACUGAUCGAUGGAUACUCCAAGCUGGAGAAGUAUGAGGAGGCACUCAAGUUGUACGAAAAGAUGAAGUCUUUGGGAAUUCGAUUGGACCGAGUUUGCUACAACACAGUGCUGGCUAUUUAUGUGAAGACCGGGAAGUAUGCCGAAAUUGCCAUUGUGUGUGACGAGAUGGAGGACUCUGGGAUUGAGAAGGAUACUGUCACUUACAAUUCUUUGAUUAAUGGAUAUGGAAAGCAGGGACGCUUGGACAUCGUCUCUUUCCUCGUCCAAGAUAUGAGGAGACGCGGGGUAGCUCCUAGUGUACUCACAUACUCAACUUUGAUAGAUAUCUAUUCAAAAGCGGGAAUGCACGGAGAUGCAUUUAAUGUCUAUUUAGAUUUUAAGGAAUCUGGCCUAAAGGCCGACGUUGUUCUGUUCAGCUCUUUCAUUGACACAUUGGCCAAGAAUGGAUUGGUAGAGUGGGCAUUAUCUUUGCUAAAUGAUAUGACUGAGAUGGGUAUCAAACCAAAUGUGGUUACAUAUAACACAAUAAUUGAUGCAUUUGGCAAGUCUAAGGUACACGGUGAGGAGGAUCCUGAAGUUGGGGACAUGGGCAUUGUUGGGGUUUAUAAUGGCCAGAUCAUAAGGGCUGCUAAUCCAGUGACAAGAGGACGCUCUGCCAUUGAUGUCCGGAUGAGGAGGUCUCAGGAAUUGUAUUUCAUUCUGGAAUUGUUUCAGAAGAUGGUCCAACAGGGUGUAAGGCCAAAUGUUGUUACAUUUUCUGCGAUCCUGAAUGCUUGCAGUCGCUGUAAUAACUUUGAAGAUGCAGCCCUAUUACUGGAACAACUUCGCUUGUUUGAUAACUUUGUCUAUGGUGUUGCGUAUGGGCUCCUUAUGGGUUACCAAGAAAUUUGGUCGCAAGCACAGUCCCUUUUUAAUCAGCUGGGACGCAUGGAUUCUCCAACAUCGUCUGCCUUUUAUAAUGCUCUUACUGAUAUGCUGUGGCAUUUUGGCCAGAGGCAAGGAGCUCAGUUAAUUGUGCUCGAAGGGGUAAAUCGCCGUGUGUGGGAGAACACAUGGAGUGAGUUUUGCUUGGACCUGCACCUUAUGUCAUGUGGUGCAGCUCAAGCAAUGGUCCAUGCAUGGCUCCUGAAUGUGCGCUCUAUUGUCUUCGAAGGACGAGCUAUGCCUGAGUUUCUAAGCAUUCUGACAGGGUGGGGAAAGCAUAGCAAGAUUGCGGGCGCAAGCACUCUUCGCCACGUCAUCGAAGCACUUCUCAACUCAAUCGGAGCACCGUUUCAGGUUGAGCGAUUCAACAUUGGAAGGUUUGUGUCGCCCAGCGUCGUGGUGGCUGCCUGGUUGAGAGAAUCCGGCACCAUCAACAUGAUACUCCUCAGUGACGAGCGUGCGCAGCGUGCAAGCCCAUCCAAUCUGGUGCCGAGGUUGGAGGCGCUGCAGUUGUAG